GACCUCCUGCAACCAAAUAUACCCAUGAUUUCCUCAAUUAUUCCCUUCCAAAGAGAUACAACAAUUGAGUCAUAUGAAUAAUCUGACUUCUUAAAAAUCGGAGUAAGAAAAAUAUCUUUGUCAAAUUUGAUUAGAAAAAUUUCAACUUAUAGAUACAUGACUACAUUUAUAUGGCAGUGAUGGAAAGAUUGAGAAGAAAAAAAGGAAGAAUACCACUUGAAUCCAGAACAUGGGACGUUGAAACUGACAUUGUUCUACUGAUGAGAUUCUAUCGGAACUCGUAGAUUCUCCUAAAAUUCGACCAAUGAACCCGAACUUAUCCAACCAUGUUGAACCAGAUUCUCUAGUUAUUUAAGCAAACAAAUAGUACUUCUUUUAUCCAAUAAUUUUAGGAGGACGCAGAGGCAGAUUCUUUGUAGAAAAAGGCAGCUUUCUUUAUAUAUAGAAAAGCUUUACCAAUUCAUAAAACUUAAUCAUCAGCAGAAAGUAUACUUUUCUUGAGCAAAUACACCUUUAUGAUCCAAAGACAAGGCUUGCAUCCAAAGCAUAUCAACUUUGCUUGCCCCCACAACCAUAAGGCAGCCUAUCACUAACCAGCACUGGCCUCCACGGCUUCUCCUUCAAAUAUACACAAGCCCCAACUAUUUCUUCCUCACCUCCCAAUUCCAAAGACUUUUUGUGUCAGAUCAUGGACCUUUUGAUCAAGCAAACCAGGGUGAAAUUUUCUGCUGCAGGACAGGAAAAGACAGGUGAGCCUAGCAGUGACACGGGAAAAAGAAUACCACCCCAAAAUACUCAGUCCUUCAAAGGAGAAAAGAAGAGAUCGCCAAGCUGGCUCCGGCAACAGUUUUCUCAACAUAUGAGUCAUGACUAUGAUUCAAGGGAUGAUGUGGAGCAUGCAGCAGCAGUUGCUGCUGCUGCAUAUGCCAUCAACUCACAGGAAGAAUCAAUUAUCUCUGAUCAGAAGAAAACUGGUGAGGGUCCUGAACCCCCCUUUACAAAAACAAAGACAAUUUCAAUACAAACACCAGGUGGAGUGUCAAAACGAUUCUCAGGCGAAACCUCAAGUAGAGGUUCAAAAAUAUCAGAUAGUGGAGUAUUGCUAAUUGCUGAUGCAGACAAAAAGACGCGGGAAAAGGCCAUUUCUCAUGUUCCAUCAAUUAAAAAGGCUCCAACUUCAGCUGAUAAGCUGUUGGACAGAGUUGGGAGCAUAAAACCCAAAAUUGCGGCAGCCAAGCCAGACAAACCUGCCAUAGAACCUGUUUUGCCAAAAGUAAAACCUCCCAAUGCCAAAAUUGCAGCUGCGAGCUUACCAACUGAAACUAAAAGGCAAAGUUCAAAAAGACUUGGAACAGACGAAACAGAAGCAGAUAAAUGGGAGAAAGCUAAGCUUGAAAAGAUUAAAAAACGGUACGAGAAGUUAAUUAACAGAAUACUUUCCUGGGAGGAGAAGAAAAAGAACGAAGCAACGAACAAGCAGCAUAGAACAGAGGUCUUUAGAUUUUAUCCUUCUUUCCUAAUACAACUAGCUGAUAUAAGCACUAACUACCAAUUUAUGGGUCCACAGAGCGAGCUGGAGAAAAGAAGAAAAAAAUCCUUGGAGAAAUUCCGCGAAGAUAUGGAAUACAUUAACCAGAUUGCAGGAGGAGCACGAGCACAGGCAGAGGAGAGGCGAAGAAAUGAGGAACUGAAAGCCAAAGAUAAGGCAAAUAAGAUAAGAAAGACAGGGGAGGUUCCAAUGACAUGUUUCGGCUACUGAAUGUCACUAGUCACUCAACCUUACCUUGUCUUGUCCAAAGCAACAACCAGCACAAGUCACAUUAUGUAAAUGUUACUUCUAUGUUCUUAACAAAUCAAAGUGCUGCUCAAAGCUGACCUAAUGAAUAAGCAGCCAAUUAUGCCAUAAGAAGUCCUUUGUCUUUGAACCACCACUGAUAACAUAAAUAUAAAUUUAAAACAUAGAAACCAGAAGAAUUUUGUAUGUCUGUAAUACUGAGCUGUCAAGUAACAGUCAAGAACACACUUGCAAAAUUUGAGGGUAUCAUUGAGGAUAAAAUGAUACUAAACUUUAAACCUAAAUUUCAGCAUAGCCUAAAGACAUGGGAGGGACAGAAAAACCACUCUAACAUUCAAACCCAGCUCUUUAUUGCCUUCACUUCCUGCUACAUGAAAAACAAGAAUAUAAGUAAUAGCAACCACCUCCCAGAAAUUUAACUGCAAUCAAAUGAAAAUCAAUAAAUAAAAUCAGUACCAUCAAGCUGAGAAGUGAAAUUCUCAUAAGUGUUUUACUGCCUACGUGUUAAGGACACAGAUCAUGAAACUGCCACCAGAAUUAUUUAGCAAGGAGCACAAAGAAAUACCAUACCGAAGUUAAAUCUAAUGAUUUGUGCUUAAGAAAAAACAUAAAGAAAUUUCUUUCUUGUAUCUUAUAUUUUGCAUGGAAUCUUCAUAUGUUAAGAAACAGAAAUGCAUAAAUAAACAAGAAAUCACCAAAGUUAAAAGCAACACCAUCUGAGAGAUGAUGGUAAUUAAUAGUUAUUAUUGGCAUCCAUCACUAUUGUCCAUGACAGGUGACUAAAUUAUUGGUGCAAAAUGAAGUUUAUAGCUACUAUCAGCAGCCCCGACGAAGUAAUGGGUUUGGUUUC